AUGCUUAGCAUUCGACUAGACCCGACCACGAGGAGAGACUGGGAGGAGCAUUCGUCUGCGCUGGACAACGUGUCGUUCCAGGAACUGACCACCUUCAUCAAGAGGCCUACUCAACGGCCAGUAGUCAGUAACAACGCUUCUCAGCAGUCAACCAACAGCGGUCGAAACUGCGCCGUCUGCCUCGAUCAUCAUCCGGUCUACCUUUGCCCUGCCUUUUCGAAGCUGGAUCUGGAGGGAAAGGAGAAACACGUUCGUCGCCUGCAGCUUUGCAGGAACUGCCUUCGAAAGGGUCAUCAGGUGCGGGACUGUCCAUCUUCCAGCUCUUGUCGAAGAUGCAGAGGACGUCAUCACACUCAACUCUGCUCGGGGGAAAACGUAGUCGCUGUGCACUCCAGGGCUACAGAAUCCGAACAAGCGAGAUCGGUCCCCACUCCAGCGGCUGAACAUCAAACACCGAAAUCUUGUAUCAGCGCAUCUCUCAAUUAUACGCCUAACUGCGCUCCAUCUGAGAGUCGUCACAAGAACGUCCUACUCGCUACUGCUAUUGUAACCUUGGUCGAUGCCAACGGGGCAGCUCAUCUCGCUCGGGCUCUUCUGGAUUCUGGGAGCGAAUGCUGUUUCGUAACGGAGUCGUUCUCGCAGUCGAUCAAGGCACCACGUCAAAAGAUCUCACUGCCAAUCUCGGGGAUUGGGCAGUCAUCAACCUACGCGCGCUACAAAAUCGUGUCCACCAUACGUUCCAGAACGAGUGAAUACUCCGCCACCGUGGAAUUAGUGGUACUUCCGAAGGUCACAAUUGAUCUUCCAUCGUCAUCCAUAGAUCCCUCUGCAUGGAAGAUCCCUCCUGGAAUUCAGUUGGCCGAUCCGACUUUCUACCGCUCUCAUCCGAUCGACUUGAUUCUGGGCGCGGAAAUCUUUUUUGACCUCUUCACGGUGGAUGGUCGAAUCCAACUCGGAGACUCGUCGCCAUUCCUCGUCAACUCCGUACUUGGUUGGGUGUUGUCCGGGAAAAUCUCGAACGGAACCCCAACCACUCCGAUCGUCGCCAACGUAGCCAACGUCACAACGGUCACUGAACUACAGCAUCAGAUGGAGCGAUUUUGGACCAUCGAGGAAGCUCGCAACCUGGACGGCAGGUACAUCGUUCGCCUACCACUACAAAGCAACGUACUCGAGCAGCUUGGUGAUAAUCGUUCCAACGCUAUUCGUCGGUUUCGGAUGCUCGAGAGUCGUCUGAAUCGCCAACCCGAUAUCGCUGAUCAAUACACUGACUUCAUGAACGAGUACCAGUCACUUGGACACAUGCGACGCGUCACGGACUACCAGACACCGCCUGAAAACUGCUAUCAUCUCCCGCACCACGCAGUCAUUCGGGAAGAGAGUACGACCACGAAACUUCGGGUCGUAUUUGACGCAUCGGCUAAGACUUCCAACGGCCCAUCUCUGAAUGACGCCCUCCUGGUCGGUCCGAUCGUGCAGGAGGACCUCCGAAGCAUUAUCAUGCGCUCGAGGCGAAACAAGGUAAUGCUAAUUGCUGACAUUAAGCAAAUGUUCCGCCAGAUCCUGGUGGACCCACGAGACACGCCGUUACAGCGCAUCGUCUGGCGUUCUACACCGGACGCACCUCUAGACACCUUCGAACUACAAACGGUUACCUACGGCACCGCGAGCGCUCCCUUUCUAGCGACGAGAGUUCUUCAGCAGAUUGCAGACGACGAACAAAACAACUUUCCCAAGGCAGCAGAGGUUCUACGAAAGGACUUUUAUGUCGACGACCUGUUCUCGGGAGCCAACAGCGUAGAGGAAACCAUCGAACUCCGAGAACAACUUGAAGCGCUCCUGUCGAGAUGCGGAUUCCAACUCCGCAAGUGGGCCUCCAACGAACAAGCUGUUUUGGAAGGAGUAGCUGAAGACAACCUUGCCCUGAAGCCCACCGUAGAACUCGACGACGGCCAAUGCAUCAAAACGUUAGGAUUGCACUGGGAACCAGCCAACGAUUUUCUACUGUACCGUAUUCAGAUUCUCACCGAUUCCACUCCACUCACUAAACGCAUCGCUCUGUCGCAAAUCGCUCGUUUGUUUGACCCACUCGGCCUGGUGGGUCCAGUGGUAACAUUUGCCAAGGUCUUUAUGCAGACACUGUGGACGCUUCUGACCGACGAAGGCAAAUCGUGGGGCUGGGACGACCAACUGCCGUCGAUGUUCGUCUCACGCUGGGGAUUGUACCUCUCCGAACUUCCUCGCUUGAAUGAGCUUCGAAUCGAACGCUACAUUUUAUGCUCGAACCCAACGCUCACUCAACUCCACUUUUUCUCCAAUGCAAGCAAACAAGCGUACGGCGCUUGCUGUUACGUCAGGUCUAUCGACUCUACAGGCGCGAUCAAAGUGGCGCUACUAACCUCUAAAUCAAAAGUAGCUCCACUCAAGCAACAAUCCAUACCUCGACUAGAGCUCUGCGGAGCUCUUCUCUCCGCCCAACUGUACCAAAAGGUGACGUCAUCCCUCCAACUACCCGCCGAAGCUUACUUUUGGGUGGACUCAACAACCGUGCUCUGCUGGCUCCAAAGUACACCGUCAACGUGGACCACCUUCGUUGCGAAUCGUGUGUCCAAAAUCCAACUAGCAACCGAACACUGCAACUGGAACCACGUAACCGGACUGGACAAUCCUGCUGACUGUCUCUCUCGCGGCUGUUCUGCAGAGAGUCUACUCGAAAACGACAUCUGGUGGAAUGGGCCACGAUGGCUGCGACUCGAUGAAGCAGCUUGGCCUGCUCGACGCACAAACAACGUCUCCAACUCGGAAGAGAUACAGGAAGUAAUAAAAACCACAGCAGUCGCUUCGCGUGUGGUCACCGAACCUAGCUUCAUAGAUGAAAUCGUGGAAAAAUUCUCCAGCUACACACGCUUGGUACGAGUUGUGGCCUACUGUCAUCGUUUUCUGCUGAAUCGCGUUCACAACUACAAGCUGACAAUCAACACCAACAACCAAACUUCGGAAAUUAAUCCCCUCAGUAGGGACGAAAUACGAAACGCGGAAGCUGCUUUGAUCAGACUCGUUCAGCAGCAAGAGUUUCCCGACGAGUGGAAAAGGCUUCAGCAGUCACAACCCGUUAGACCUAAGUCUCGUCUUCGGUGGUUCGCUCCAUUCAUGUCUCCGCAACGGCUAAUCAGGAUUGGUGGGCGUCUCGCUCACGCCUCACAGCCUUACGACAAUAAGCAUCAGAUUUUGCUACCUGGCUCGCAUCCUCUCUCGGCUCUUCUGGUUCGCAGUUUACACUUGAAACAACUGCACGCUGCUCCACAACUUCUGCUUACAAUUUUACGCCUGCGGUACUGGAUCACAGGGGCCAGAAGUCUAGCAAAAGUAGUCGUCCACCAGUGCAUCAUCUGUUUCAAAGCCCGCCCGAAGCUUGUGGAACAAUUCAUGGGCGAACUACCAGCCGCACGAGUAACCGCCAACCGACCUUUCUCCACUACGGGAGUGGACUACUGGGGUCCAAUAACGCUUCAACCACCCUACCGUCGAGCAGCCCCAAGCAAAGCGUACAUCGCUGUAUUUGUGUGCUUUUCCACACGCGCUGUGCACAUAGAGCUCGUCACCGACCUCAGCACAGCAAAAUUUAUUCAGGCUCUACGUCGCUUCGUUUCUCGUCGAGGUCUGUGCGCGGAGAUUUACAGCGACAACGGCCGUAACAUCCUCGGAGCGGACAACGAAAUACAACGACUUGUGCGAAACCAGCAACACCGUCAAGCAGUCGCCCAGGAGUGUGCCAGCAACGGAAUUGUUUGGCAUUUCAAUCCGCCUAAAGCAUCGCAUUUCGGUGGCCUGUGGGAGGCCGCUAUUCGAUCCGCACAAAAACACUUCACUCGCGCUCUGGGAACUCAUCGCUUGGCUUUUGACGAGAUGCUUACGCUACUCGCGCAAAUUGAAUGCUGCCUUAACUCUCGUCCCAUCGUUCCCAUCAGCGACGAUCCGUCCGACAUGGAACCGCUAACACCGGGCCACUUCCUUGUUGGGUCCGCUCUAAAGGCCGUGCCAGAUUCGGAUGUAUCUGAAAUUCCUCUAAACCGCUUGACGCAGUGGCAGCAAACCCAGAAACUACUGCAGAACAUCUGGAAAACGUGGCACUCCGAAUAUUUGUCGACACUUCAAGCGAGAACAAAGUGGUGCCGUCCUCCAGUCACAAUCAGCAAGGAUCAGCUCGUUCUUCUAAAGGAUGAAAAUUGUCCUCCGAUGGUAUGGCCAACAGCAAGAAUCAUCGAAGUACAUCCAGGCGCCGACAACAUCAUCCGUGUGGUCAUCGUUCAAUACCUGUCCAAUUAUAUUUAUUUGUAA